AUGGGAACCAACUUUAACUUUGAUAAAAAAAGUAAAGGUUCUGUAGGCUUCAAUUUUGGAGGAAAUAAGGAUCUGUCAGGUGAAGGAAAAGCUCAAGGGGUAGGGAAAGGCCAAACACAAUUGGGUAACAACUAUAACUUUAAAAAGGAUGCUCAUGCAUCUGAAGGGUUCGAUUUUGGAGGGAGCAAAGAAAAAAAUUAUCCUGAUAGCCAGGCGACGGGGGCACCUCAAGGAGUAGAAAAAAACCAAGCACAUUUUGGUGGUAACUUGAAUUUUAAUAAAGAAGCCCACGGUUCAGGAGGGUUCAAUUUCGGUGGACACAAGGAAGUUUCUGGAGCAGAUAAAACAAAGGGACAAACAGAAGCAACAAGUAAAGGCGAAGCACAAUCGGGUGCUAAUUUGAGGUUAGAUAAACAAGUGAGAGGCUCGGGAGGAUUAAACUUUGGUGGAUCUACCUCGAAAACCGGUGAAAAUCAAGGAGCAAUUAAAGGUCAAACACAAAUGGGAACCAACUUUAACUUUGAUAAAAAAAGUAAAGGUUCUGUAGGCUUCAAUUUUGGAGGAAAUAAGGAUCUGUCAGGUGAAGGAAAAGCUCAAGGGGUAGGGAAAGGCCAAACACAAUUGGGUAGCAACUAUAACUUUAAAAAGGAUGCUCACGCAUCUGGAGGGUUCGAUUUUGGAGGGAGCAAAGAAAAAAAUUAUCCUGAUAACCAGGCGACGAGGGCACCUCAAGGAGAAGAAAAAAGCCAAGCACAUUUUGGUGGUAACUUGAAUUUUAAUAAAGAAGCUCACGGUUCAGGAGGGUUCAAUUUCGGUGGACAUAAGGAAGUUUCUGGAGCAGAUAAAACAAAGGGACAAACAGAAGCAACAAGUAAAGGCAAAGCACAAUCGGGUGCUAAUUUGAGCUUAGAUAAACAAGUGAGAGGCUCAGGAGGAUUAAACUUUGGUGGAUCUACCUCGAAAACCGGUGAAAAUCAAGGAGCAAUUAAAGGUCAAACACAAAUGGGAACCAACUUUAACUUUGAUAAAAAAAGUAAAGGUUCUGUAGGCUUCAAUUUUGGAGGAAAUAAGGAUCUGUCAGGCUUCAAUUUUGGAGGAAAUAAGGAUCUGUCAGGUGAAGGAAAAGCUCAAGGGGUAGGGAAAGGCCAAACACAAUUGGGUAGCAACUAUAACUUUAAAAAGGAUGCUCACGCAUCUGGAGGGUUCGAUUUUGGAGGGAGCAAAGAAAAAAAUUAUCCUGAUAACCAGGCGACGGGGGCACCUCAAGGAGUAGAAAAAAGCCAAGCACAUUUUGGUGGUAACUUGAAAUUUAAUAAAGAAGCUCACGGUUCAGGAGGGUUCAACUUCGGUGGACACAAGGAAGUUUCUGGAGCAGAUAAAACAAAGGGACAAACAGAAGCAACAAGUAAAGGCGAAGCACAAUCGGGUGCUAAUUUGAACUUAGAUAAACAAGUAAGAGGCUCAGGAGGAUUAAACUUUGGUAGAUCUACCUCGACAACCGGUGAAAAUCAAGGAGCAAUUAAAGGUCAAACACAAAUGGGAACCAACUUUAACUUUGGUAAAAAAAGUAAAGGUUCUGUAGGAUUCAAUUUUGGAGGAAAUAAGGAUCUUUCAGGUGAAGGAAAAGCUCAAGGGGUAGGGAAAGGCCAAACACAAUUGGGUAGCAACUAUAACUUUAAAAAGGAUGCUCACGCAUCUGGAGGGUUCGAUUUUGGAGGGAGCAAAGAAAAAAAUUAUCCUGAUAACCAGGCGACGGGGGCACCUCAAGGAGUAGAAAUAAGCCAAGCACAUUUUGGUGGUAACUUGAAAUUUAAUAAAGAAGCUCACGGUUCAGGAGGGUUCAAUUUCGGUGGACACAAGGAAGUUUCUGGAGCAGAUAAAACAAAGGGACAAACAGAAGCAACAAGUAAAGGCGAAGCACAAUCGGGUGCUAAUUUGAACUUAGAUAAACAAGUAAGAGGCUCAGGAGGAUUAAACUUUGGUGGAUCUACCUCGACAACCGGUGAAAAUCAAGGAGCAAUUAAAGGUCAAACACAAAUGGGAACCAACUUUAACUUUGAUAAAAAAAGUAAAGGUUCUAUAGGCUUCAAUUUUGGAGGAAAUAAGGAUCUGUCAGGUGAAGGAAAAGCUCAAGGGGUAGGGAAAGGCCAAACACAAUUGGGUAACAACUAUAACUUUAAAAAGGAUGCUCACGCAUCUGGAGGGUUCGGUUUUGGAGGGAGCAAAGAAAAAAAUUAUCCUGAUAGCCAGGCGACGUGGGCACCUCAAGGAGUAGAAAAAAGCCAAGCACAUUUUGGUGGUAACUUGAAUUUUAAUAAAGAAGCUCACGGUUCAGGAGGGUUCAAUUUCGGUGGACAUAAGGAAGUUUUUGGAGCAGAUAAAAAAAGGGACAAACAGAAGCAACAAGUAAAGGCGAAGCACAAUCGGAUAGCAAUAAUAACAAGUGAAGCACAUUUAAUAGGAGGUGUAAUUGCAGGAGGGGGUGUUGGAGGAAAAUCAUUAGCCCCUGGAGCUGCUUUCGGAGGAUUUGGCAUGGGUCUAACAAAUGCCCCGGAUAAGAAAGGUUAA